AGGCGGAUGAUUCAGACGCUGACGACGCGGCCGUCACGUCCAAGCCGCGCAGCCCGACUCCGGAUGGCGAUGCGCCGAUUUCCCAAACGCCGGAACAUCCGCAUUCCUGCAUCCGCAUCCAGGAGUAAAGCUAGCCAGCCUGUCGUGACCGCCGUGCCACAGCUGCAGAUACAAAUUGGUGGAGGACAGCAGGAAUGGCAGUGGGGCGGCCUGAGACCUUUAGACCACGCACCCGCAUUCCAAAGGUCCUCGAUGCUUGCUGCUGGAUCAUCGGCAUCGCCGCCCUCCGCAGUCCAAAGGUCAUACACUGAAAAGCGCGUGCAAUUCAGCAAGUUUCCCUAUGCGCGCGCGGCUGAUCGAAAACUGCGCAAACCAGGUGAUCAAAAAUGCACCCGUGGCCCGGCAGUUCCCGCAUGUUUCGGUCGCAUCGUGCGGCAAUCACCCACCAAAGUGAAAUCCGCCCGUCCUGGAAGCACCAUCACUGUGCGACAGCGGCAUCCGCGAAGUGAUUUGCAGGCGGUCAUUCGGGGAUUACGCCUGGCUCUAGGCAUCAAAAAUAAGUGCCCUUAUCCGUUGUUGCCAGCCCCAGUUUUGCUGGAGUUAGUUUCCAAGUUGGCAAAAUGCUCGAUUGCUGAUAACAGCUGGGAUGUGGCUGUGCCGGAAUUCGACGACAUGGCCGUGGAUUUCGAAGGCUCCCUGGAUGAUGUUGUAACUUCUGAAUUUGCGUACGAAGAAGCCGACAUCUGGAUGGCUAUGGAUUAUGCAAGAAAUACCGGAGGAGAUGCCAGCGAGAAGGGCAACACCCUGCUGGAUGUCGGGAAGAAAACCUUUCAGUGGAUUGGAAAACUAUGGAAUCGCGAGACGGACCGCGCCAGUACCGAUGUGCGCGACAGCGAGGAACCCGAGAGUGUCGAUCACUGGGCACGCGUCACGGAUGCCGAGCGCGCCAACUGGACGGAGCUGGACACUUCGGGAACGGGUUUGCGCUGCGAGGAGAUGCGCGGCGGUGAUUCCGGGAUGUCGUUCGCGGAUGUUACCAUGACGUCGGAUACCUUUGGCACUCCGUUGAAUUCGCCGUCAUCCCAUGCGGAAGCUGAGCAGGAUGAGAAAGGCCAGUUGAAGGGGAUUCUGUCGCCGUCGCGGGUGCAGAGCUACGGGUCGCCGGAUAAGAAUCGCGUCCGGUUCAACAAGACUCCGUAUAUUCGCGUAAUUCCCAAUAAAGCGGAUGCCAACCGUUCGUGGAACUUUCGUGAUCUGGCCAAACCAGAAUGCUCGCCCUUCCGUCUGCCGCGUGUCUCCACCGACAGUGACACCAGCGACAGCAGCAGUCCCUUCUUCCAACCGCGCCAGCUGCAUUUCCCGUCCAGCGAUGAUUCUCCUGUGAUCACGCCCCAAAAAACACCGGGCGCCGACACCCGCCCGUCCACCUUGGACCUUCUCUCGCCGCGCACGGAAGCCGCCCACGUUCUGCUCUCCAUGCAGGGCGGAUCCUCUGGAACGCCGAAUAACACCGCGACCGAGGAAUUCGCCCGCCCCGCUCGUCCCGCCACCCCUGGACCGCUGGGACUGCGCUUCAGUGCCGGUUUGGGCAAGUCACCGCGAUUGCCGACGGUUUUGGGAGGGAAAAAGGCCGGAGUGGAGAAUGGGCUGCCGAUGGUGUCCGCGUUAGUUAACGAAUUGCAGAGUGUGGAAGAGAAGGACGAGGAGAAACUGGAAAAUGGGAAAACGAACAGGCCAUGGCGCUAUCGUCCAGCGGGUUAUGUGCGUCCUCAAGAUCGUCCUAAGCCAGUGGACCACGGACCACGCCCGUUAAAUCCCGAGUAUUUUCCGCGGUUUUGCAAGCCGUUCGUCUAUGUGGAGCCAGAAAAGAAAGACACGGUGGUUUAUUCGUAUCCUCUGCGGGAUUCCGGGUGCUCAUUGGAGACAUUGUUGGGCUAUUGUAAGAACUCCAACAACGCCCUUAUUGAAGCCAUGCGCGCCCAACAACAGGAAGAAGAGGAGCAACUGGAACAAGAGGAAGAAUUUAUCGAAGACGAUUCAAUGGGGGAGAGUACUGGUGUGGAAAGCGGGCUGGCGGAAGUGCCACGUGAUGAUCGUUCUCUGGACGAAGAUGAUGAGAUUGCAGGUGAACUGGUUGAACCAACGGACGAGGAGAAAUCUGGCAACAAUGCUACGAUUGCGAUGGAAGAGUUGGAAGCGGCGGAGUUGCUCAAUCAAUCAGCCCAGCCGGACUUACAACAGCCAGCUGAUGCGACGGAUGAGGCGCCGGAAGAAGCCAUGGAAGAAGAACUGGGAAAUGUGGAGGUUAUCGAGACGGACGAAGUGAUGCUGGAAGAAAGGGAUGAUGACGAAGAAUCCGAAAAAAUGUCGGUGGAAAGCGUGAGUACUGCGGGUGGCGACGUCCCGACGGAAGGUUAUUACGUGAUUGAAGACGAAGAGACCACCGGAUCGGAAGGAAGCACUGUCGGACGAAAAGAUGAAGGGGUGGUCAGUGUUACUCUGGUGGAAGAGGUGACGGAAAUAUUUGCCCACCAAGAUGAUUCGGAAAGUGAUUCGGAUAGCAGUGAUGAUAAUGCUGUUGAGUACUCGGAUAAGUCGGAUUCGGAAUCUUCUGAAGAGGAUGAUAAUGACAGCGUGGGUUAUUGAGGAUGAUGCGGCGGCCAGUGGAACCACGUUAUCACAAGCUGGCGAGCUGAUCGGUGCUCCCGUGGAUUUUAGCCAGACACCGAAGUCCGGUGUGGACUUUGGUCCGCACGUCUUCGGCUCACCUGAUCCUGAUCUCGCGAUUCUCCGCUCCUGUCCUGAUCUUAUUGAGCUUGAUAAUACUGGUAAAAUUCCCUAUAAUUCUUCCGUAAAAAUGUGUGGAAAUAAUAGAAUUAAUUGUUAUUGAAUGGAUGGAAUCAGCGUGAUGUGAAAAAAAAUGUACGACAUUUUAUGUAAUUGUAAAGUAAUGGUCGCAUGUCACGGCAUGUGUGUAUAGUCAUAAGUGUGUCAUAUACGAGUGAUAUGUAUGUUUGGAAUUUAAAUUAAAAAGUGUACCGGUUUUAUUCUGGUUUAAUUUGGUAUGGAAUUGAUUA